CACACACACUCGCUCUGUCACUCUGCAGCAGCAGACUAGCGGACACACAGAGGCUGAGAGCAGCAUCUCCCAUCUCCUCCGUUCUCCUUCAAGGACUACCGCACCCUGCGAGCAUCUCUCGUUUCUGCCGGCGGAGAGGGAACUGCUGCCGCAGCAAAAGGAUAUUACCACACACGGACAACGGACGGAUGCGUGGACACACUCGCUCCUGCACGCACGCACACACGCACGCACACCGACGCCGACAGGAUCGCACCUUUGCUAGAAGGCCUGCCGGCCUCGCGUGUCUCCGUAGCUUGUUGCCGGGCAGCGUUGAGCUGAGCUGUGCUGUGCUUAGCGGUGCCGUUUGAUUAAUGUGGAGGGUGUGUGCGAGGCGCUGAGCAUGUGUGAGCGUGUGUGUGUGUGAGAGCGCGCGGGCUUGACCGUAUGUGUAGGGACACCGGCGUGGGACACAGCAUGGGCUAUAGGCGUCCACUGUCGUCUCUCUGGCAUUAGUGGGGCUGAGAUUUGUCUUCGGGGUUUUUUUUUUCUGUCCCCUCUCAUUGCCUCCCUCCUCUUCCUCCUCUCCCUGCUCUUCCUCCUGGUGGCGGGUGCUGCCCCCUGUGUGAUCUCUCUUUGCCCUCCACACGUCGGCUGUUCUCCUCCGCACCUCACCUCACCUCUCGGUGGCCGGGCCUUCCCUCUCCCAGGAUGCCGUGCACCGGGCCCUCUUGCUAGGCCACAGCAGCAUGGGCGGAGCUCCGGGGGGGCGAGGCAGUACGGAUUGGACGGCUCACCUCCGGACGGGCGCGCUCGGGCACCCCGCCGCUUCCGAUGGGUGAGGACGGCGAGAGCAACAAAAUCAACCACAGCUUCCUCCGAGACUACGUCACCGAAGCUGAUGUCAUAUCCACGGUGGAAUUUAACCAGACGGGGGAUCUGUUGGCGACGGGGGACAAGGGAGGAAGAGUGGUCAUCUUCCAAAGGGAGACUCAGACAAAAGGAGAACCAGAGGAGUUAGGUGAAUCGGGCGAGUAUAACGUCUACAGCACCUUCCAGAGCCAUGAGCCUGACUUUGACUACCUGAAGAGCUUGGAGAUCGAGGAGAAGAUCAACAAGAUCCGCUGGCUACCACAGCAGAAUGCAGCCCACUUCCUUCUCUCCACCAAUGAUAAGACCAUAAAGCUAUGGAAGGUCAGCGAGCGAGACAAGAGGCCCGAGGGCUACAACCUGAAGGACGAAGAGGGCAGGGUCAAGGACUUCUCCACGGUGACGUCCUUACAGGUGCCCGUGCUGAAACCCACGGACCUGAUGGUAGAGGUGCGUCCCAGACGCGUCUUCUCCAAUGGCCACACCUACCACGUCAACUCCAUCUCGGUCAACAGCGACGGCGAGACGUACCUGUCUGCUGACGACCUCAGGAUCAACAUGUGGCACCUCGGCAUCACAGACCGCAGCUUCAACAUUGUGGACAUCAAGCCAGCCAACAUGGAGGACCUGACGGAGGUGAUCACGGCUGCGGAGUUCCACCCAAAGCACUGCCACCUGUUUGUGUACAGCAGCAGCAAAGGCACCCUGCGGCUCUGUGACAUGAGGGCAUCGGCGCUCUGUGACAAACACUCCAAAAUUUUUGAGGAGCCUGAGGACCCCGGUAAUCGGUCCUUCUUCUCUGAGAUCAUCUCCUCCGUCUCGGACGUGAAAUUCAGCCACAGUGGCCGCUACCUGCUCACAAGGGAUUACCUCACUGUCAAGGUGUGGGACCUCCACAUGGAGAAGGGUCCUGUUGAGACCUACCAGGUGCACGAGUACCUGAGGAGUAAGCUCUGCUCCCUGUAUGAGAAUGACUGCAUCUUUGACAAGUUUGAAUGCGUGUGGAACAGCACCGACAGUGUGAUCAUGACCGGUGCCUACAACAGCUUUUUCCGCAUGUUUGACCGCGAGACCGGCCGUGGGGUGACGCUGGAGGCGUGGCGUGAAAGCAGCAAGCCGCGGGCGGUCCUGCGCACACGCCGAGUCUACACGGGCGGCCGGCGGCGGCGCGGGGACGUGGGCGUGGACAGCCUGGACUUCACCAAGAAGAUCCUGCACAUGGCGUGGCACCCGGCCGAGAACAUCAUCGCCAUCGCCGCCACCAACAACCUCUACAUUUUCCAGGACCGGGUGAACCCAGAGACCCAGUGACCAGCAGCACGGAGC